AUGGCUUUAAGCGACGCUAAAGGAGCUCUUGUAGAUAUUCACCAAGAUCUUGAUGAAAAAAAGAAGCAUUUAUUGCUAGUCGAAGAUGUAUUUACCAUAUAGAAAGUCCAUAAUGAACUUUUAGAACUGGAAGCCAAUUUAAAAGCAGAUCUCCAAUCCCGAGUCAGAUUCGAUCAACAAAUUACAACAGAAUACCAAGAAAUAAGAAAAAAGCUAGAAAAAGAUGCUCAUCAAGAAGCAAAUAUAGCUGAAAAUACUUUUAGAUCUAUUUUUGAAGAAGCCAAAGCUAAUAUAAGCAAUUUCCAAGACAUUUUAAACGAAAAAAUCCAAAUGAGAAUUGAAGCUCAAAAGAAAUUCAACAAUCUUAGACAUGAAGCUGAACAAAUUAAAGCAAAUAUUAUACAGCAAUCGCAAAAUAGAAGAAAUAAUAUGAAGACCAGCUUUGAUCAGCUAAUGGACGAGAUGAAAAAGAAAAAACAAGAUUUAGUGACUGAAAAAGAAAAAUUAAAGCGUGACUCAGCAAAUAUUGCAGCCAGAAUUCUUGAAAAAUAUGAAGAAAUUUCAGGUAAAAUAGAAAAAGCACAUAUAGAGAAAAAAGAAGCUGGGCUUAGUCUUAUGGGAGAAAUCCAAGAAACCUUGAAAGAAACCCAUAAGCAUUUUUCUUAA